ACGGCCGCAGCUCCAUGGCACAGCGGUGAGCUCCGCCGGUGCGGUGCGGCCGCAGCUCCACGACGCACUGCACAGCAACAUAUCCCGCAGGCCGAGCUCGGCCCGGGGGCACCCGCUGCCGCCACAGCCGCACAGGCCGGCAGGCUCCACGCUCCCUGCCCCUCACCGCAGAGCCUCACCCUGCCUGCCCCUCCUGAGCAGCCGCUCUCGCCGGGUCUGGCAGGCACCUCUUCACCUCCAGCACCGUCGCUAUUCACCGGUGCCCACUCGCUUCUCCAAACCCCGGGCCCCAUCCGCGUUUUCCCCUCAGCGCCUCACGCACCAGAGUGUGCGCGGGGCUGGGAGUGAAGGGUCUGGCCAGGCCGCGAGGCAGGCUCCGAAACCAGCGUGUCAUUGUUGUAUUGCACUACGUGUCAUGGUGACAUGGCCCUGAAGGGAGUCUGAUGAACACAGGGUCUGGCAAGAGGCAGGCUCAGACAGCACCGCCUUUCCCGGGGCACCGCCCGCUUCCAGAGUAAGAAACAAAAUAACAAGGACCAUAACAGAGGAGUUCUGCUUUCUCAGGAUGCAAGACAGAAGCUGUGGCCGACCAUUGUCUCUGUCUUUAAUGCUGAAGGAGACUUACUCUCCAGAAAGAAGCAGCAGUAAGGGAUAUCCUGAAAAUAUGUCAGAAGCUUCAUCUUACCAUGACUUUUUCUGUGAUUCCCUGUCAGACACACAGAAUGGUGAAUUUUCAAAUGAACUUUCUGCCUUCCUUACCCAGGAGGAGAUAAGUAAGAGCCUUGACAUAGCUAGAGAAGCCAUUGCCAAUUCCAUGGAGGAAGAUGAGAACACAGCACCGGACUUUACUCAUUAUCUCAACACCUCUCUUUCUAGCCCUUCAGAAGACCCUUCUUUCAGGGACACCAACCUGCAUGAGCAAGACACUUUACAGACACUUCAAGCAAGCAGUUGGACUUCAUCUGCUGCAAGUCCAGUUCUCCCAAGGAAUCAGAAAGAGCAAUCCACUGCACCUCAGACAGAGGAUAGUUUUGUCACUAGGAGACAAGCAAGCACCUCACCUUUUCUACCUGCUAGUCCCAGCUUUGUCAGAAGCCUGAAAUUUUCAGAGAAAGGUGGUCCAUGUAUGCCUAAGACAAGCCCGAACUCUGAAUCGACAUCACAGGGAGAAGCUCCUUUCAGGAACAAGCUGUGUGACAAAGCUGCCACAUUCAUAGAGGAGUUAUCAUCUAUAUUUAGACAGGCAGCGAAGACAAGAGGCCGUAGUCCCGAUGGGGACUCUUCUUCUCCAGACAGUGGAUACCUGUCACCUAAUAAGAAACAACCAGCUUUAAGUACCUUGGUGAACCAGGAAUUUGACAAACCACAUCAAGAGACUGAGCCUGAGGAAAAAUUACCUGGAAUUCAUCUGAAUGGAGAACACUAUUCUGGAAGGGGGAGCAUCAUGGAGAGCAAAAUGGUCCUGUGCCGUCCCUUCAUCAACAUGGAAGAGCAUGAACUUUCACCACCUCUAUUCACUCAGAAGCUCCGGAGCCAGGAAGUUGCUGAAGGAAACAAAGUAUUGCUGGAGUGCAGAGUUGCUGGCAACCCAGUCCCUGAUGUCAGAUGGUUCUGUGAAGGAAAGGAACUCCAGAAUUCCCCUGACAUUCAGAUCCAUUCUGAAAGUGGAGGACUUCAUUCACUAAUUAUAGUAGAAGCCUUUGAAGACGACACUGGGCGCUAUACUUGCCUGGCUUCAAAUUCUUUUGGUUCAGAUAGCACAUCAGCUGAAAUAUUCAUUGAAGGUGCCAGUUCUACAGAUUCAGAGAGUGAAAGUUUAAUUUUCCAAUUAAAAGCUGGAGCUAUGCCACAGGCCCAAAAGAAAACCACUUCUGUUUCCUUGACAAUAGGAUCUUCUUCACCAAAAUCAGGAGUGACCACAGCUAUAAUUCAGCCUAUCUCUAUGCCCAGUCAGCAGGUUCAAAGCCCUACUUCAUACCUGCACCAUCUGGAUGGACCCAAGCCUAUCUAUUCUGCACCUAUUUUUACAAAGGAGCUACAAAACGCCACAGCAUCUGAAGGACAAGUCGUAGUAUUGGAAUGCAGGGUCAGAGGACCCCCUCCCAUUCAUGUUAAGUGGUUUCGACAGGGCAUUGAAAUUCAAGAUUCUCCAGACUUCAGAAUUCUCCAAAAAAAGCCACGAUCUGCAACUGAACCUGAAGAGAUAUGUACACUUGUAAUAGCAGAAACUUUUCCUGAAGAUUCAGGAAUUUUCACCUGCACAGCAACAAAUGAACAUGGUUCAGUAACAAGCAGUGCACAACUAACUGUCUGCUCAGCCAACUUGGAAUGCUCUAGUGAUGAUUUCCAUCAUUUCUCACCACUUUCUCCUGUUGAAAUUAGCUCUCUUGAGCUUCCUCCUAAGACACUUACAGAUACCCACCAAGCAAACAGCACUGAGUUGAGACCUGGUGUGAUAGACCUUCAACAACAGCUCAAUACAUCUGAGGAAAAAUCAAAUGGCAUUCAUCCUCUUCAUGGAGUAAAUGGAAUGAUUAACAGCAAGCCAAAUGGUGAUAAAUCCAUCCCACCUCCAGCUGUGUUGCUUUCACCCACAAAGGAGCCACCACCUGUGCUUGCCAAACCAAAGCUGGACCCCCAAAAAAUACAGCAACUGCAGAACCAAAUCCGUCUGGAGCAAGAAAGUGGACAGUGGUAUCGUCACCAACAGCAACCUGAUCAUCAUCAGCACCCUCCCUCUUCUCCUUCCUUUCCUCCUCCCCCCUCCUUCCAGGAGCUUGAGUCCAGCCAGUCUGCCACCUCUCCUGUGCCAAUGAGUAUUCUUAACUCUCAUACUUCCCCAACCAUGCAGUCUUCCAGCUCUUUCAACUAUGCUCGGCCUAAGCAGUUCAUUGCUGCCCAGAACAUCAGCCCUGCUUCAGGUUAUGUGACUCCAUCUUCUGGGUCAUCUACAUCUAGCCUUCCUUCUCCUAUGUCUCCAACUGCUUCUCAGAAACAGUUUGGAAGAGUGCCAGUUCCUCCCUUCUCUCAGCAGUUUGCUCCAGAAGGGGAAUAUGCCUGGUCUCCUUCUUCUCCAUCCCCUCCACCCCCACCUCCACCUGUCUUUAGUCCAACAGCGACAUAUCCAGUGUGUGAUUCCUUUCCACUUCCACCUCCUCCACCCCCUCCUCUUCCUUCACUUUCUUCACCUUCCCACAGCCUGUCUCCAACUCCAAGAUUUCCUAAUUCCAGCCAGUCGCCAGCAGCUUUUCUCAGCUCCAUGCUGCCAUCCCAGCCACCACCCAUUUCUGUCAACGCAUUAGGCCUCCCGAAAGGAGUGACGCCUCCCGGAUUUCCCAAGAAGACAGGCAGAACUGCGAGGAUAGCAUCAGAUGAAGAGAUUCAAGGGUCAAAAGAUGCUGUAAUUCAGGAUCUGGAGAGAAAACUUCGCUUCAAAGAAGACCUUUUGAAUAACGGGCAACCGAGAUUAACAUAUGAGGAAAAAAUGGCUCGUCGAUUGCUGGGAGCAGACAGCGCUGCAACUGUCUUCAAUAUACAGGAACCAGAAGAAGAUCCUGCUAUACAGGAAGCUCGCUCUGUUGGUGCUUCUGUAGUGAGUCCCAUGGAUAUUCAAAAGGAAUAUAAAGUCUCCAGCUUUGAGCAAAGGCUGAUUAGUGAAAUUGAAUACAGGCUGGAGAGAUCUCCUGUGGAAGAAUCAGAUGACGAAGUGCAACAUGGAGAUGAACCUAUGGAUAACAGUAUGUCACCAUAUUUUGAGAUAAAGCUGAAACACUACAAAAUCUUUGAGGGAAUGCCAGUCACAUUUACAUGCAAAGUGGCAGGAAAUCCAAAGCCAAAGAUUUAUUGGUUUAAAGAUGGGAAGCAAAUUUCUAAACGAAGCGAUCACUACCGAAUUCAAAGAGAACCUGAUGGAACUUGCUCACUGCAUACUGCAGCCUCCACCCUGGAUGAUGAUGGGAAUUACACUAUUAUGGCUGCUAACCCACAGGGCAGAGUAAGUUGCACGGGCAGGCUGAUGGUUCAAGCUGUAAAUCAAAGAGGCCGCAGUCCUUGGUCACCUUCAGGUCAGCCUCACAUAAGAAGACCACGAUCUCGAUCAAGGGACAGUGGUGAUGAAAAUGAACCAAUUCAGGAACGAUUCUUCCGGCCUCAUUUUCUGCAGGCUCCUGGAGACCUGACUGUUCAAGAAGGAAAACUAUGCAGGAUGGAACUCAAGGUUAGUGGAUUACCAACUCCAGACUUAAGCUGGCAACUUAAUGGCAGACCAAUUCGCCCUGACAGCUCUCACAAAAUGUUGGUGCGUGAGAACGGGGUGCACUCCUUGAUCAUAGAACCAGUCACAUCCAGAGAUGCUGGAAUCUACACAUGCAUUGCCAGCAAUCGAGCUGGUGAAAAUUCAUUCAGCCUGGAGCUCACUGUUGCAGCUAAGGAAGUACAAAAAGCACCUGUGUUUAUAGAGAAGCUACAAAACACAGGUGUGACUGAGGGAUUCCCAGUGCGACUGGAGUGUCGAAUCUCAGGGGAGCCAUCUCCUCAGAUAUUUUGGAAGAAAGAGAAUGAGUCACUCACAUACAACACUGACCGAGUGAGCAUGCACCAGGAUAACUACGGCUACAUUUGCCUGCUUAUUCAGGGAGCUACAAAGGAGGAUGCUGGCUGGUACACUGUUUCAGCUAAGAAUGAGGCUGGGAUUGUGUCUUGCACUGCCAGGUUGGAUGUUUAUACUCAGUGGCAACAACCCCCUCAGCAGACCAAGCCAAAGAAGGUGCGGCCCUCAGCCAGCCGAUACGCUGCUCUCUGUGACCAAGGACUAGACAUCAAAGCAGCUUUCCAGCCGGAAGCAAACCCAGUCCACCUGACGAUGCAGCCUGGCCUGGUAGAGAGCGAUGAUCUGUAGAUUCAACUGCCGCUUCCAUCAUUUACUUUCAAAGCAGAAACACUGAAAGCCAUUGCCUUGACCAAUGAUACUCCUAUGUCACUUUAUGCAAGGGCAGACACCUUCAUGUACAAAAGAUAAACAACAAACACAGUAACCAUAUAUUCCUUAUUCAUUAUACCAAAUUAGAAGAAUAGGUAGAUUAUUAAUAGAAAUGUACACAUUGCACAACAAAUCACAUUCACCAGUUCCUUAACCUAUGUUGCUUCAUAACCCUUUUCAUAGAGGCCAAAAUGCAUCAGAGAGAAAGGUUUUUCACUACAUAUCUUCAUAAGCAGUAAGUAGAUGCUACACAGUCUUAAUGGUGCAAGAUGCUUUCUUCAAGGGUUAUCAACAGUUCUAAAAUGGCUACACACAUUCUGACAGCUACAAUGAACAAGUGCAAUACUAUAAGAAUGAAACAGGAAGGGACAAGGAAAAGAAAUGUAAGCAAAUGCUGUAUCUCUGCAAACUGCUUUCUAUUCAACAAUGAAAAAAAAAUCUUUCUUUCAAUGCUGUUAGUAUGGACAUCAACACCCUAACUUUCAAUUAAUUUGUGUUUUUCCUUUUUGCCAUCUUGGAGGAGGCUUAUUUACAAACAUAUAGCAAUGGCAGUCUAAGCAGCAGUAAUUUUACUUCUUCAGGACAACAAAGAAGAGUUGACACAUAGCAACAAUCUACUCCAGAUUACACAUUGGUAACUAGACGGGAAAAAUGCUGAUAGUAUAAACCACUGCAGUGAGUUACUGCAAGGGGUGGGAGGGGGACUGGGCAAGAGGUUGAAACUCUGGAUUUCUGGACAGCAGUGUGUAACCUUGUAAUACUCCCAUUCAAGAUUCUGAAAUUCUAAGGUGAGCUGAAAACUAGGGAGUGUAUGUAUAGAAUGCCUGACUGUUUAAAGCUUGUGUAAUAUGUAUGAGGAUUUUAGAAAUGUAUAGUAUGUGAAAAAUGGAUUGAAACUACAAUAUGGAUUUAAGUGACAAGUCUACACCACAGGUGAUAGGGUUGCAAAUCUGAGGAAGUAGAAAAUGAAGAUAGGCAAAAAAAUCCAAUAUGCUUUUUGUUUUUUCUUCUUAACAUAACAUGUCUCUGGUAGAUUUUAUUUUUUCCUUCUCCUGACUGCAAGCAAAUGUCAACUCUUUUGAGGGGUAGAGUCUGUGCACCAUAGGUGAAAAGCCUGAAGGCUACUUACAGAAUGCAAGGCAAAUCCACUAGGAAGUGGAGCCCCACUUAAGUCACACCCGACUAGGUAGUUUUAAAUUAGAACCAAAUGAAUUUCAGUUGAAUGGGAGGGAGAGAGAAUGGAUAGAAAAAUUACUAGGCCUGACAAGGAAAAUGAGUGUUUGAUGGUACGAGCUACGAUACUUUGCUAGGAAAGGAAAACACUGUAUUCCUUAUAUGAAGCACAUAUAUGGUAUCUUUCAUUAUUUAUAAUAAAAGUGUUGAAAUCUUUUAUCUCAGUUCAUUUAUUCAGAAGUCUUGUACUUAGGGGUUUGUUUGUUGUUUUUUUUUAAUUUUGUAAUUGUGUACACCAUAUAUUGCAUUACUGCUAUACGUGUAUUGCUUUGUAAGUACACAAAGUUUGUUUUGUUUUUUAGUGACUAAUAAACUUUAGCACACAAGGUAGUACUAUUCUGGUGCAGGAUAUGACUAGCAAUGGGGAUGGUUAAUCAAGAGUAACAUCAGUCUGUCAGGUGGGAAUAAUCUGAAUUUAUUCUAGAAGUAUGUCAUAUCUUUUGCCAAAUUUUCCUCAACUGUGACAUGCUAAUUUACAUUUUUGUUUAGCUCCACUAGCAUUAUUUUGCCACUUUUUAUUUGUAUUUAUAAAAAUGUAUUAUCAUUACUUUGGACUGUUGUGCUGAUAUAAUGUGGGUUUAGCAUCAAUAAAUAUUACACAAAUAGAAAGUUU